ACUUGCCUCUGAUUCUGUGUCUUGUCUGUCCACAGAAAUUGCUAUUUAUCCUAUCGGAUACUCGGAUUCCUCUGCUUUUACUGUUUCUUCAUACUUUUAGUUGACUUGCCUCUGAUUCUGUGUCUUGUCUGUCCACCAAAAUUGCUAUUUAUCCUAUCGGAUACUCGGAUUCCUCUGGUUUUACUGUUUCUUCAUACUUUCAGAAAGCUCUUAGAACAAAAUUUCCAGGAUAUAUUGAAUCACACCCAAAGCGAUCAUGAUCCAUGAGAUGUCUCACUAGUGAAUGUAGCAAAUGCUUGGUCUUAUCAAGGCACUAACACGAAAAAGUGAACCUUAGUCAACCCCUGCUUCCAAACACCCUAGUUAAAAUAUUAAUGGUGCUCUUUGGACAUACCUGAAAACACAAGCUCAGAGGAUUAUUCAAUUUAUCUAUUGUGUGUUCUUGGGAGUAGAUUUUUUUUUCUUAUUCAUGAUUGUUGAAUGAGAUAAGCAGUUGAUAGCAUUGAGGGAUCUCUAUUAGCGUAAGCCCCAUGAUCUCACCAUUAACAAAUGAAGUGACGUUUCCGAGAAACGUAGGCGAUAUUUAUAUCUUAAAAGACUAAAACAAUCUUUGUCCCAAUUUAUAUUUUUUGGUAUUAAAGUAGUAGAGACCUGAUUAAAAAAGAGAAAACAGAAUCAACGAUUGCACAUAGAGUGACCUUCCAAAAACACACAUAAAUAACUAGGAUAUUUUUUUUUUCUCAUUAUUUUAUGUUGUGUUAAUCAUAUGACUAAUUAAUAGCACUACCGAGAUGAUGAAAUAGGGAAACAUCAGCCGAAUUACAUCAUCACCAACCUGAAAAUGAUAUUCAUUAAGGGUUUACACAAAAAGCAACCUCCCAGAUCAUGACCUUGAUGAUCAAUAUAUCCUGAAUCCAUCUCUAUUUAAAGCUUAUUUUGCACGUUCAGAGAAUUGACAUCCAUUGAGAGACCUCUCUAUUACAGAUGUUGACUUUGCAUUUCUGCCAAUUAUAGGGUUCUCCUACCCAUUAUAAAUUAGCAAGGAAAAGUUAGUACUGUCAUUGAGCUAAACAUGAAAGUAGACCCAAAAGGGAAGUCCAAGGAAGAGAAAGGCGGGGUUCGAUAUAGGGGUGUUAGAAGGAGACCUUGGGGGAAAUUUGCAGCUGAGAUUCGUGAUUCAAAUAGGCAAGGAGCUCGCUUGUGGCUGGGGACUUUUCUUACUGCAGAAGAAGCAGCAAGAGCAUAUGAUCAAGCUGCUUAUGGAAUGAGGGGUCCUUUAGCCAUCCUCAACUUCCCCAAGGACUAUCAAAAUGUUGCCUCCUCUGCUUGUUCUUCAUCAGUCGAUGUCCCUGAGGGACAUCAGAAUGUUGCAUCUCCUCCUCCUUGCUCAUCAUCAAUGUUUGAGAACAUUGAAAGAACUAGGGAUGCACAUGAAAAACAAGUUUUUGAAUUUGAGUGCUUGGAUGAUAAGUUGUUAGAAGAUCUUCUUGAGUGUGAGGAAAAGAAAACCAAGAAUGAGUGAUAGUUUUAAUAAUUGUAUAUCAGUACUUAAUUUUCUUGAUGUUUUCUAUAUUUGGUUGAAUAAACUUGAGACGGAUUCUACUA